UAGAGCAGAGCCGUCUGGCUGAAGACGAGAAAGUCCACUCACUCUGCUAAACAAGUCAUAGUAGAACUCCGGCGAACCAUGGAUCCCCUGGAAAUUGAGCCGGCGUUCUCUCUCUCCACCGCCGACGACCCCUUGACAAGCCCAUUCACCACCUUAAACGACCUCUGUUACGAGCUUUCAUCGCUCCAGGAUCUGGCCUCCCGUGGCUCAUGGCGUUCAAUCCUCGACAAGGUUGAUCGAGCUCGUAAGCAAUCACUCCUCUCCAAGCCACACGAGCAUCUCACUUACCUCGCUUACAACUCCCUCUCCUUAGUCAAGCUCCGCCGCUUCGCCGAUGCCGCCGCCGAGAUCGAUUCCAUGGACGACGAUCUGGACAGCCCCCUCUACCGCUACGAGUCGUACGUUCAGAAUUAUCCUAACCGACGUGGAUCUAUGGUUCCCUUUGUCCUCCGAUGGAUACACGCUGAACUCCCUUCCAAACUCGGUAAGCAACAAGAAACCCUAGAUCGGUUCUACAAACUCCUCGAUUUUGUCCGGACUAAUCUGAAUCAGAAAAUGUCCAACGAAGACGACGAUGGCCUUAACGUCUCCGUCAAUUUAUGGAGACGGCGUGAGAAUUUCGUGGUGAAUUCGAUCAUCAGUCAUCAUUUAGGUCGAAAAGAGUAUGGGGUUUGUCAGAAAUUGAUUAACGACAUGAUUAGACGCAAUGAAGAGGUCAAGAAUAAUCCAAAUUCGAGUUCGAAUGUUGUCUUGCUGUCGAAAUUGGGUUAUAUUAAGAUGCAAUAUGGAGAUGUGGAGGGUGCAAAAGCAACUUUUGAUAGAAUAGAGAAGAUGAUAGUGAUGGAUGAUGGAAAGGAGAAAACAGAGAUGAAGAAUCUUGUGAGCAGGAACAAAGCUUUGAUUUACUUGGUAGGGAAGGAUUAUGUUUCUGCUGUUAGGGAAUACGGCGAGUGCAUUGAGAGGGAUGGAUCGGACAUGGUUGCGAUUAACAAUAAGGCGAUUUGCUUGAUGUAUUUGAGGGAACUGUCUGGUUCAAUUCAAGUGUUGGAGAAGGCGUUGGAGAUUGUCCCAACAGUUGCUUUGAAUGAGACUGUUGUUGUGAAUUUGUGUAGCAUGUAUGAAUUGGCUUAUGUAAAUCACUCUGAUAUUAAGAGGACACUAAGCAAUUGGAUUUCUAAGGUUGCUCCCGAUGAUUUUGAUUCUUCUUCUACAAGGAUUGUAUGAUCGAUGAUGAUGAUGAACAACAGGUACUUUCUUCUGUCGAUUCAGUUGUUUAUUUCUCUGCAAAUUGAUUGACCCUUGUCGGUUUUGGCUCUUUUAUACUAAAUUUGUGUGUUCUAUUUGCAUUAUUGAUCAUUU